AUGGUAGUUGAUGAAAAUGGUCAAAUUCUACCACACUGUCUAGGGUACUGUGGACGAUAUUUCGAGGCGAAUUCGAGCGAUUUCAGCUGUAGGGUGAGCAUUUUUGGGGUUUUGAUGGGAAAAUUUGAAAAAUUCGCCGAAUUUUGAGCCUGGGAGUGAGUUUUUGGCCCGAAAAUGGUCUAGAAACGUGAUUUUUGGCCUGGAAAUGUGAUUGGUGGCCUAGAAAACCAAAUCGUGGCCUAGAAAACCAAAUUUGAGCUUUAGAAAGUAACUGGUGGCCUAGAAAUCCAAAAAAAAACCUGAAAAUGGCCUAGAAAACCAAAUUUGAGCUCUGGAGAAUAUCUGGUGGCCUAGAACACCAAAUUUUUGCUCUAGAAAGUAACUGGUGGCCUAGAAAUCCAAAAAUAGAUUGCAAAUGGCCUAGAAAACCAACUCGUGACCUAGAAAACCAAUUUUGAGCUCUAGAGAAUAACUGGUGGCCUAGAAAACCAAAUUUUGCUCGAAAAUGGCCUAGAAAACCAAAUUUUUGCUCUAGAAAGUAACUGGUGGCCUAAAAACCGAAAUCAUGGCCAAGAAAACCAAAUCGUGGCCUAGAAAACCAAAUUUUGCUCGAAAAUGGCCUAGAAAACCAAAUUUGAGCUUUAGAAAAUAGCGGUGGCCUAGAAAUCCAAAUAGUGGCCUAGAAAUUCAUUUUGUGGCCUAGAAAACCGAAUUUUUGCUCUAGAAAGUAACUGGUGGCCUAGAAAACCAAAUCGUGGUCUAGAAUUGUGUUUGGUGGCCUAGAAAACCAAAUUUGAGCUCUAGAAAACAACUGAUGGCCUAGAAAACCAAUUCGUAGUCUAGAAAAUCAAAUGUGUCAUGGAAAUGACCUAGAAAUCCAAAUCGUGGCCUAGAAAACCAAAUUGUGGCCUAGAAUACCAAAUUUGAGCUCUAAUAAAUAACCGAUGGCCUAGAAAUCCAAAUUGAGAUCUUGAAAACAACUGGUGGCCUAGAAAACCAAAUUCAGCCAGAAAAUGGCCUAGAAAACCAGAUUGUGGUCUAGAAACCCUAAUUUCAGCUCUAGAAAUUACCUGGUGGCCUAGAAAUCCCGAAUUUGCCUUGAAAAUGACCUAGAAAACCAAAUCGUGGCCUAGAAACCCUAAUUUCAGCUCUAGAAAAUAACUGGUGGCCUAGGAAACCAAAUUUAGUCUGAAAAUGGCCUAGAAAUGUAUUUGGUGGCCUAGAAACCCUAAUUUCAACUCUAUAAUUAACCUGGUGGCCUAGAAAUCCAAAUCAUGGCCUAGAAAUCCAAAUUCAGCCAGAAAAUGACCUAAAAACCCCAAAUUUUACGAUUUUUCACAAAUUUUAGGUAAAAAAUCCCGAAUUUUCCCGCAUUUCAGGCCUGUCCAUGGGGAUUUCGUGCAACUUCGGGCGAAAGUUCGCCAUGCGAACCCUGUCAAACACAGCUACCCGCCUACGAUUGGAUGUAUCUACUGUUCGUCGCACUUUUGCCACUCCUGCUGCAUUUUCAGUUUGUACGACACGGCAGACGAUUGUAAGUGUGCCAGGGUUGCCAAAAAGGGGCGUGGCUUAGGUUUCUGAUUAUUUUGAGACCGAAUUUGAUAUAUUUUGAGGGAAAAGUGUGCCAGACUUGCAGAAAGGGGCGUGGCUUAGGUUUCUGAUUAUUUUGACACCAAAUUUGAUUUAGUUUGAGGGAAAAAGUGUGCCAGACUUGCAGAAAGGGGCGGGGCUUAGGUUUCUGAUCAUUUUGACACCAAAUUUGAUACAAUACCUAAGCCACGCCCCUAAAACCGUGCCGCAAUGCAUUUUGGCUCAAAAAACGUGGAAAAAUUCAAAUUUUUGCAGUUCCCGCCACCGCUACUUCGACAUUGCCGAAUAUGUGUGUGUUCUACUCGAAAACAUCUCAGCCGCUCUAAUUUCCGUCCUGAUCUACCCACCCCGAUUCACAUUUCUGCUAACUUCGUGCGAAAAAUCGACGAUGCGAGAAUGGUAUCCCGUGUUGCAUAAUCCCCGUAUCGGAUACUCGAAAACCAUGAAAUGCUCGUCGGAAAUCGUUUUUCCACUGUGAGUUUUGGGCUUUUUCGGGCCGAAAUUGGGCUUUUUCGGGCCGAAAUUGAGCUUCUGAGGUCAAAAUUGAGCUUCUGAGGUCAAAAUUGAGCUUCCCGGGCCAAAAACAGCUCAAAAUGACCUACUUUGACCCCAGAAACUGUGCGGCACGGUUUUGUGGGCGUGGCUAAGGUUUCCAGAGCUAAAAUGCAAGAUUUUUGGCUGCGGCACGGUUUUGUGGGCGUGGCUUAUUCAUACUCAAAAUAAAGCCCGGAAAAUUUCCCAAAAAGCGUGCCAGACUUGCAAAAUGGGGCGGAGCUUGUUUGGUAUCAUUUUGAAGCUCUCUAAAUUCUCUGCGGCACAGUUUUGUGGGCGUGGCUUAUUUGGUAUCAAAAUGACCUGUUUUUUGCAGAUAUUCCCUUCCAUUCGCCCAUCAUCUAGUUCUAAUUUCGGCCAUUUUGAUUUUUCGCUCAAUUCUGUAUUGUGCACUCUUGUACAAGUCCUCCAAUGGCAAACCCUUCUAUUAUUCGCUCAUCUCAUUGCCGAUUUUGGCCGGUGUUCAUUCGUUGUUUGUGAGUUUUUUGGGGCUGAAAAUGCUGAAAAUUUGGAUUUUUGACUGAAAAUUUGAAAAAUUCCGGAUUUUUUGGUAUAUUUUGAGCUAAAAAUCGAUAAUUUUAGCCUAAAUUUAGGCCCUAACGUUCAGGCCUUAAUUCAGGCCUAAAAGUCUGAUUUUUAGGCAUUAUUUAGGACUAAACAAGGCCGAGUUCCAGGCCGAGUUUAGGCUUCAAAAAUUCUCCAAUCAGAAGGUCACAAGUUCGAUUCCCCAUGCGAACUACUAUUUUUUUUAAAAUUUUUUCUAGAUCAAUUUUUGACGCUGAAAAUGAUGAGAUUGCUCAUUUUAAGCAUUUCCAGCGUUUCCAGCACGAAAUUUUGAUUUAGAAACAUAAAUAAAUUAUUGCUCAGAAGGUCAGGGGAUCGAUUCCCCAUGGGAACUACACUUUUUUCCAAAAAAAUUGUUUUAGAUCAAUUUUUCGCGCUGAAAAUCAUGGGAUUGCUCAUUUUAAGCAUUUCCAGCGUUUUCAGGCUUAAAAAAUCAAUAAUCUCUAAUUUUGCAGGCCGGUAUUCUCUUCUAUUCAUUUCCAUGGAUUCUUCUAACCUCAUCCAUCAUGAUUUUGGUGUAUCAUUUGGCGGAACAGGGAAAAUUGGCGAUUUGCGAUUUGUUGGGUGAGAUUUUCGGGCUUUUCUAGGCUUUCCGGGCCGUUUUGGGCUUUUUCCCGGGUUUCUGGGACAAUUUUGAGCCUGGGAGCGGUUUUUUGGGUUUUUCAGGCCUUUUCUAGGCUUUCUGGCCCCCUAAAGCCCCCAUUUUUUUUCAGCCCGAUUGGUCAGCUCUCCAAUGCAUUUGACAAUUUUGCUGAUAACAACUUUGCUCUUAUCUUUCUCGCUGACCGCAAUUAUCAUUCCAUUGUGAGUUGUUUUUAUUGAUUUUUUCGAAUUCAGCGCGAAAUUUUGAUCUAGAAACAUUUUUGUUACGAAUCACAAGGUCACUGGAUCGAUCCCUCAUGGGAACUACUAAUUUUUUUUUGAAAAAUCAAUUUUUCACGCUGAAAAUGAUGGGAUUGCUCAUUUUAAGCGCUCUUAGCGUUUUCAGCGCGAAAUUUUAACCUGAAACUCAAAAAUUUUCCAAUCUGAAGGUCCCGGGAUCGAUUCCCGGUGGGAACUACACUUUUUUUUUCAAAAAAAAAUGUUUUAGAUUAUAGCCCUCCAGCUACUCAAAAGUAGCUGCUCGAGUAGCUCGAGCAGAUUAUCUGCUUAUCUACUCGAGUAGCUAAGCACGCUCAUCUGCUCGAGUAGAUAAUCUGCUCAUCUGCUGAGUAGCUAAGCGUACUCAUCUGCUCGAGCAGAUUAUCUGCUUGCCUGCUCGAGCAGUCUACUCGAAAUCAGCUCACUUGUUUUUUGAACAUGAAUUUGAAAUUUUUUUAAUGACUGAAAAGUUGUAAGUGAAGUAGGAGAAGCUUGAAUUUCAGCUUCUGGUGUCAUUUUGGGCAGAAGCUGACUUUUAAAGGAAGUAUGCAUGAAAAAUCGAUUUUUAUGAAAUUUGAUAUUUAAGGGUAUUUCGAUAUGGGGAACAUCGUGGCGAGACCCAUUCGGCCCAAAAAUCACUUUUAAAGGACCCCAUCACUCAAAAAAUUUUUUUUUUGAAAAUGAGGUAUUUGGGCACGGGGAACAUUUUGGUGAGGUAUACGGUCGGGAACAGACUUUUAAAGGCGCAUGCCAGGUUAUUACACAUUUUCCGAGAUUUUUUUUUCAAACUAUCAUAACUUUUUUAUUUUUUAAGCUUUUUUGAAAUUUCGACAACCAUUUUGACGGUCUUGAGACGGGCUACAUGUUUUGUGUUGACACCAACUACCGUACUUCGCUCCUAAGAGGUGAAAAACACGGUUUUGUUCGAAUUUACAUCAAAAAAUGACAUUUUUGAGAGAUCUGAGAGAUAAAACCGUGUUUUUCACCUCUUAGGAGCGAAGUACGGUAGUUGGUGUCAACACAAAAAAUGUAGCCCGUCUCAAGACCGUCAAAAUGGUUGUCGAAAUUUCAAAAAAGCUUAAAAAAUAAAAAAGUUAUGAUAGUUUGAAAAAAAAAUCUCGGAAAAUGUGUAAUAACCUGGCAUGCGCCUUUAAAAGUCUGUUCCCGACCGUAUACCUCACCAAAAUGUUCCCCGUGCCCAAAUACCUCAUUUUCAAAAAAAAAAAUUUUUUGAGUGAUGGGGUCCUUUAAAAGUGAUUUUUGGGCCGAAUGGGUCUCGCCACGAUGUUCCCCAUAUCGAAAUACCCUUAAAUAUCAAAUUUCAUAAAAAUCGAUUUUUCAUGCAUACUUCCUUUAAAAGUCAGCUUCUGCCCAAAAUGACACCAGAAGCUGAAAUUCAAGCUUCUCCUACUUCACUUACAACUUUUCAGUCAUUAAAAAAAAAAUUUCAAAUUCAUGUUCAAAAAACAAGUGAGCUGAUUUCGAGUAGACUGCUCGAGCAGGCAAGCAGAUAAUCUGCUCGAGCAGAUGAGUACGCUUAGCUACUCAGCAGAUGAGCAGAUUAUCUACUCGAGCAGAUGAGCGUGCUUAGCUACUCGAGUAGAUAAACAGAUAAUCUGCUCGAGCUACUCGAGCAGCUACUUUUGAGUAGCUGGAGGGCUAUAUUUUAGAUCAAUUUUUGCGCUGAAAAUGGUGGGAUUGCUCAUUUUGAGCAUUUCCAGCGUUUUCAGCGCAAAAUUUUGAAAUUGAACUCGCAAAUUUUCCAAUCUGAAGGUCACGGGAUCGAUCCCCCGUGGGAACUACUAUUUUUUUCAAAAAAAAAUUCCUUUAAAUCAAUUUUUCGCGCUGAAAAUGAUGGGGUUGCUCAUUUUAAGCGCGCUAAGCGUUUUCACCGCGAAAUUUUGAUCUAGAACCUAAAAAAAUUCCAAUCAGAAGGUCACAAGUUCGAUCCCCCAUGGGAACUACUAUUUUUUUUUUUGAAAAAUCAAUUUUUCGCGCUGAAAAUCGUGGGAUUGCUCAUUUUAAGCGCCCUUAGCGUUUUCAUCGCGAAAUUUUGAUCUAGAACCUAAAAAAAUUCCAAUCUGAAGGUCACUGGAUCGAUCCCCGGUGGGAACUACACUUUUUUUUUCAAAAAAAAUUGUUGUAGAUCAAUUUUUUGCGCUGAAAAUCAUGGGAUUGCUCAUAUUAACCGAAUUUUUGCAGAAACUUCUCAUAUCGCUGGUUUUGUGUUGGCUUGGUGCCAAUUCCCCUAAUUGUCUACAUAAUUACACUGCCUUUCACACAUCCGGCAAAAAUCACCAAAGCCUAA